AUGACUACAUCCACGACUAAACUCCAGAAGAUCUACAACAAGCAGGGUUUCCUCUCACCACUGACUGUGCUGAGCGACACGGAGCUGAGGGAGGCCAAGGAGGCAUUUUCUAAGCUGGAGGAUGAGUUUGGUAAAGAGUACACUCAGUACAGCCUCCACAAUGUUCAUCUUCAGUAUCCCUGGGUCAUGGGCCUGACCAAACACCCCCAAAUCCUGCAAGUGAUCCAAGCUAUCCUGGGCCCAGACAUCAUCCUGCUGGACUCCCGUUUCAUCUGUAAAUACCCAGCGCUAAAACCAAGCAACAUUCAGGAGGUGAAUAAAGGAGAGCAAACCAAGCCUGAGGGAAAUGAUGGAUUUCCAUACGUGGCCUGGCACCAAGAUUUGAGGUACUGGGGAAUCACUGGUGGUCCAGUUCUCUCCGUGUGGCUCGCGCUUGAUGAUUCCCAAAAGGAAAACGGUGUCCUUCAGGUCAUCCCAGGUAGUCACUGCUCUGGCAUGCUGCCCCAUCGCCAAGCCGCCCGCCCUGGAAACAUGCUGUCAGUCAACCAGGAGAUCCCAGAGGAGCUGGUCCAGGUGGAUGAAGCUGUGUUCUGUCCUCUGACAGCUGGACAGAUGUCUAUUCAUGAUGGACUUCUUGUCCAUGCAAGCGACCCCAACACAUCCCAGAGGAGGCGCUGUGGCUUCGUGAUCCGUUACGUUCCUACCUGUGCAUUCCCCAUCCAGGAUCCCGAUCGACCCAGAAAGUUUCAUGCAACCAUGUUGGUUUGUGGGGAAGACCAGUUUAAUCAUUUCUCAAACGAAACCCCAUGA